AUGGCGACGGGCAGGACGUGGCGGCUCCCAGCCUGGCUUCUUCUCUUCUGUGGUCUUUCCACCGCGACAUUCCGCGGCAAGGAAUUCUUCACCGUCUUCCUCCAGAACGAUGAGGAAGGCACCCUCCCCAGCAUCCAGCUCCUCAUCACCGCUUACUCUGACUCCACCAAGGUGACGGUGACGAUGAGCGGUGGCACCUUCACCGAAACCGUCACCCUCGGGAAAGACGAAACGGUUUCUGUCCGCGUUCCCGGGACCUUGCAUCUCAUCGGCAGGGGCCGGUCUCGUUACACCGUGGGUGCCACCGCCAUUUUGCCCGUAGAUAAGUUGGGCAACAAAUAUUACGUGGUGACGCCAGAGGGUAGCAAGAAAGAAGGCUUGAAGGAGUUUGUCGUGGCCGCCGGGAAGACUUCGGCCACCGUUUCCAUCAACGUGAAGGGCAAGUUUUAUUACAGAGGGAGGAAUUACUCCCCUGGGUCGACGCUCCGCAUCUUCUUGGACCCCUACCACAGCUUCCAACUGCAAAGCAGCUAUGAUUUGUCAGGCACCAAGAUCACGUCGGACAACGCCGUUGCCGUCCUCAGCGGGCACACCUGCGUGAAGAUGCACACGGGCUGCGACUACGUGGUCGAGCAGCUUCUGCCCGUCGCCGCAUGGGGGAAAGCCUACGUCGUCCCCCCCAACCCCUUGCAGAAGGACGCCAACUUCAUCUACGUCGUGGCGGACGAGAAAGCCUCCAUCACCUACAAGAAGGGUAAUUCGGCUGCCACUAAGGACAUCGCGGCCGGGGAGGUCCGCAAGUUUGAGAUCGGUGAAAAUUCGCCUUUUUACGUGAGCGCUUCGGCUGCGAUUCAGGUGGUUUACUUCUUCACCGGUGCCAAGAAGGGCUCGCUUCGGCAAGACCCCUUCCUACUCAACGUCCCACCCGUCUCCGCCUACUGCACGUCCUACCGGAUCAGCAGCCUGGAUGGCUACGAGAACCACAUGGUCCUCGUUGCCCGAAACGCGGACGCCAGCACCACCACCCUCAACCAGAAUCCGGAGAGGAGCGUGUCCUGGCAAGCGAUUCCCGGCACCGAGUUCUCCUGGGCCACCGUCACCAUGAGCAAACCAACAGAAAUCCAGACCGUUGAGCACCAGCGGACACCCUUUGGGCUCCUGGUCUUCGGCUUCCAGAAUUACGCCGGUUACGGUUUCACCGGUCUUUGCGCCACGCCUUCUGCUCCGUCUUCCCCCGAAGACUCGAGCUGCGAGGAGAAAUGCGAGGUGGUGGACAGACACAGCACGCACUUCCAAGACACCUCGACCUGCUGGGCCACCGGCGAUCCCCACUACCAAACCUUCGAUGGGAAAACCUUCGAUUUCAUGGGCACGUGCACCUACACCUUGACCAAGACCUGCGAUCCGGAUCCGACCCUGCCCAUCUUCAGCGUCGAGGCCAAAAACGAACACAGGGGUAACCUGAAAGUCUCCUACAUCGGCUCCGUGACCGUCCGCGUCUACGAUAUUACCAUCGCUGUGGGCAGGUCCGAGAACGGGAUCGUGAAGGUGAACAACCAGCGCUCCCACCUCCCCAUCUCCCUCGCCCAAGGGAACCUCCAGCUGCAGCAGAAGGGCAAGUCCGUGCUGAUUAAAACCAACUUUGGGCUGAAGAUUCUCUACGAUUGGGAUGACCACGUGGUGGUGGAGCUCCCCGGUACGUUCUCCGGCAAAGUGUGCGGGAUGUGCGGCAACAACAACGGCGAUCCCCAGGAUGAUUCCCUCAUGCCUGAUGGCAACCUGGCGCUGGAUGCCGUGGAGCUGGCCCGGAGUUGGAAGGUGGCCGAUGAGAGCCAUCGCUGCUGGGACACCUGCAGCGGGGACUGCGGACGUUGCCGAUGGGACGAGGCGGCGAAAUAUAGGGGGGAGACGUCGUGCGGGUUGCUCACCAAACGCGCGGGACCCUUCGAGCGCUGCCACGCCACCGUCAACCCCAACAUCUACCUGAAAAACUGCGUCUACGACGUCUGCGUGAACGAUGGGCUCCACAUGAAGCUGUGCCAAGCCCUCAAAGCCUACGCGGACAGCUGCCAGGAGGCGGGAAUCACCGUUUCUGACUGGAGGACGCUGGCACGUUGUCCUCUCUCCUGCCCGAAGAACAGCAAUUACACCACGUGCGGCACCGCCUGCCCCGCCACCUGCAACAACGGCGCGAUGCCCGCCAACUGCGCCGCCUCGGCCUGCGUGGAGACCUGCCAGUGCCAGGAGGGCUUCGUGUUCGAUGCCAACGAGUGCAUCCCCCAGCACGAGUGCGGCUGCGUCUUCGAGGGCCUCCUCCACAGCCUCCACGAGGAAUUUUGGGGGGACAGCACCUGCACCAAACGCUGCCUCUGCAACGCGCAAUCCCAGAGCGCCGUAUGCCGCUGGGCCGGCUGCCGUGCCGGGGAAGAAUGCCGGGUGGAGGACGGCAUCCGGGAUUGUUAUCCCAAGAGCUACAAGACCUGCGCAGCGGUCGGUGCCACCCACUACAAGAGCUUCGAUGGCGGGGAGUUCAUCUUCCAGGGCACGUGCCAGUACCAGUUCGCUGGGUUGUGCGAGAAGAGCCAAGGUCUGGUGGACUUCCAGGUGCUGGUGCAGAACGGCCGCCAGGACGACAAACUUUUGUCCUCCAUCGCCCUCGUGACGGUCAAAGUCUACGGCAAAAACAUCGUGCUCAGCCAGGAACACCCCGGCAAAAUCACGAUUAAUGACCAGUUGGCCAACCUACCGUAUCACCACAGAGAUAAGAAGGUCUCCAUCUACAGAGCCGGGCAGGAGGUGGUGGUGGAGACAAACUUUGGCCUCACCGUCACCUACGACUGGCAAAGCCAAGUCACCGUGACAGUGCCCAGCAGUUACGCAAACGCCGUCUGUGGCCUCUGCGGGAACUACAACGGGAACGUGGGCGAUGAGAUGAUGAUGAAGAACGGCCAAGUGACAUCAAACCCAGACGCUUUGGGGCACAGCUGGAAGGUGACCGACAUCCCGGGUUGCGUGGAACUGUCGAAGUCACAAUGUCCUGGCAUGGUGGCGGCUCUGCAGCACCAGGAGAGCUCCAAGAUGGGUUGUGGGAUCAUCUCGCGAGUGGGCGGACCCUUCGGAGCUUGCCAUGCUCACGUGGACGCCGUCAAAUACUUCCAAAACUGCGUGCAUGAUUUUUGCCUCUUCCCGGAUCAGAAAAAUGCGAUAUGCCUGGUCAUCGCCCGCUACACCGCUGCCUGCCAGGCUGCUGGCGUGACUGUCGGGAGCUGGAGGACGGACGAUUUCUGCAGUAUUUCGUGUCCCACGAACAGCCACUACGAGCUCUGCUCCCAGGACUGCGGCCAGACCUGCAGCAGCAUCUACACCCCGAUGAAAUGCUCGGAGCGGUGCAAGGAGGGCUGCGUGUGCGACGAAGGCUUCGUGCUCAGCGGUGACGAGUGCGUCCCCAUUUCCCGGUGCGGAUGCCUCCAUCAGGGCUUCUACUACAAGGCGGAGGAGAUCUUCUUACCCACCAAGGAGGAGAAAUGUCAGUGCCACGCUGGCGGCACUGUGGAAUGCCAAAAAAUUUCUUGCCCCGAAGGCAGCGAAGGUAAAAUCAUCGAUGGGGUCUUCCAAUGCACGUCUGCCAGGCUCAGGGCCUGCGUGGCCACCGGUGACCGCAACUAUAUCUCCUUCGAUGGGAUGGCUUUCAACAUCUCGGGCACCUGCUCCUACAUCCUCACGGAGACCUGCGACGGUGAUGACGUCAAACCAUUUGUUGUGAAAAUUGAGAAGGACGCCCGGCAAAAGAGGAAGGUCUCCGGCAUCCAAGCGUUGUCCGUUGAAGUCUACGGGCUCACGUUGACCUUGACACGAGGCAAGAGGGGAGACGUCAAGGUGAACUCCAUAUCCCACCACCUCCCGGCCAUCCUGAGCAAGGGACGGGUCCAGGUGCACCAACACGGGAUGGGCGUCCUGCUUCAGACUGACUUCGGCCUCAUCAUACGCUAUGACCUCCUCCAUCACGUGAUGGUCAUGGUCCCGCAGAGCUACCGGGGCCACCUCUGUGGGCUUUGUGGCAACUACAACGGGCAACGCAACGAUGAUCUCCUCCUCCCCAGCGGCCAACAGGCCCCCAACGCGAUGGUUUUUGGCUCUGCUUGGAAAACUCCCGACGUCUCCUGCAACGAUGACUGCUCCAAGGACGACUGCCCCGUCUGCACGCAGGAGAAGAAGAUGGUCCUGCAGAAACCCAACUACUGCGGCAUCCUCACGGUCUCGAGGGGCCCCUUCGAAUCCUGCCACAGCCUCAUCGACCCGGCCCCGUAUUUCCAAGCCUGCCUCCACGACGUUUGCCUCGCUGAGGGGGACACCCGCGUCCUCUGCCAGAGCAUCCAGAGCUACGCCGCCACUUGCCAAGACGCCGGCGUCAUCAUUGAGGCUUGGAGAAGACCAUCCUUCUGCCCCCUCAGCUGCCCGGCCAACAGCAGCUACUCCCUCUGCACCAACCUCUGCGUCAACAGUUGCCCAGGGCUUGUAGAUGCCUCCAAAUGCCCCAAAACCUGUGCCGAAGCCUGCCAGUGCGAUAAAGGGUACACCUUUGACGGGGACGGCUGCGUCACCGAGGACAAAUGCGGAUGCUUUGUGGAUGGGAGAUACUACAAGCCCCACGAGUCGGUUUUGAAGGAUAACUGCCAGCGGCGUUGCACGUGCGACCCCAGCAAGGGCUUGGCUUGCGGCAGCCACAGCUGCACUGAUGACGAAACCUGUGAAAUAAAGGACGGGGUCUUGGGUUGCAUCAAUCACAACCCCUGCAAAGCCAUUCAGUGCCGGCCCAAGGAGAAGUGUGAGUUGAAGGACGGCCAAGCCAAGUGUGUCCCAACCCUGGUUGCUACCUGCUGGGGUUGGGGGGACCCCCACUACCACACCUUCGACCAGCUCGAUUUCGACUUCCAAGGCACCUGCACCUACACCAUGGCCGAAUCCUGCGGGAACGACAGCAGAUUGGUACCCUUCAAGGUGGAGGGCAAGAACGACAUCCGCGGCGGGGUGAAAUCAGUCUCCUACGUGAGCUUGGCCAACAUCAAGGUCUAUGGCCAACACGUCUCCAUCCACCGGAGGGAAGUGGGCAAAGUCAGGGUGGACGGCGUGGUGACGCUGCUGCCGGUGAGCCUGGAGGAUGGCAAGAUUCAGGUCUUCCAGAGCGGGCUGACCGCCGUGCUGGAGACGGAUUUUGGGCUCCGGGUUACGUACGACUGGAACUGGCAUUUGGUCAUCGACCUCCCCAGCAGCUACUACAAACACACCUGCGGCCUCUGCGGCAACUUCAACCUCAAACCCGAGGACGACGUCCCCCAGCGCGGCAGCGACGUCGCCGCCGUGGUGGCCUGGGCUGAAGGCUGGAAAGUCCUUGAAGACGAUGACCCGUUUUGUUGGGAUUACUGCGAAGGCAACUGCCCGGUGUGCGAGGAAGAGAAAAAGGAGCUCUACGGGGGCAACCAGUACUGCGGGCUCAUAAAAAAAACCUUCCAAGGGCCCUUCAAGGCUUGCCACGACGUCGUCAAGCCCCGGGAUUUCUACCGCAACUGCCUCUACGACGUGUGCAUAAACGAUGGAGCGAAGAAAAUCCUCUGCCAGGUGCUGGAGGCUUACGCGUCCACCUGCAAGAAGAACGGGGCCGUCGUGCAUGACUGGAGGACGCCCUCGGGCUGCCCGUUACCCUGCCCCGAAAACAGCCACUACGAAGCCUGCGGCAACGCCUGCCCGGCCACGUGCACCAACCGGAACGCGCCGGAUGCUUGCACCCAGCCCUGCGUGGAGACCUGCGCCUGCAACGAGGGCUACGUCCUCAGCGGUGGCCAGUGCGUGGCGGUGGCCAAAUGCGGCUGCACCCACGACGGUCGCUACUACCCUCCCGGUGAGGAGUUUUGGGGCGAUGAGAACUGCCGAUCUCAGUGCAGGUGUGACCCGGAUUUGGGCAUGGUGGUGUGCAAGGAAGCCGGUUGCAAGUUGAACGAGAAAUGCGUCAUGGUGAAGGGUGUGCGGCGGUGCGUGGCCAAGAGCCGCUCCGUCUGCGUGGCCACCGGCGACCCCCAUUACACCACCUUCGACGGGCGCCGCUAUGAUUUCAUGGGCACCUGCGUCUACCAGUUGGCUGCCCUCUGCUCCGAAGACCCCACCCUCGUCCCCUUCACCGUCACCGUGGAGAACAACCAGCGGGGCAACCGCGUCGUCUCCUACACCAAGGAGGUCACCUUGAAGGUCUACAACAUGACCCUCAGCCUCAGCCAGGAGCACCCCCAGAAGCUCAGGGUCAACGGGAUCCUGGUGAAUCUGCCCUUCGACCACGGCAACAAGCUCCACGCCUACGUCAGCGGCUUCCACGGCUUCAUCAAGACCGACUUUGAGGUCAUCGUCACCUUCGACUGGUACAGCUACGCCAGAGUCAUCCUCCCCGACACCUACUCGCGGGCCGUCUGCGGCCUCUGCGGCAACGCCGACGGCGACCCCCAGAACGACUUCGCUUUGCCCAACGGGCAGCAGGCCACCGAGGAAAUGCAAUUUGGCGAUUCCUGGAAGGUGGCCGACGUCCCCGGUUGUUGGGCCGGAUGCACCGAAGAUUGCAAAGUUUGCACCGAAGCGGAGAAACGUGCCUACCGGGGCGACAAACACUGCGGGCUCCUGGUGAAGAAGCAAGGCCCCUUCGCCGCUUGCCACGCCGUCAUCGACCCCGCCCCCUACUUCGAAAAUUGUCUCUUCGACACGUGCCUCUACGAGGGGCAUCAGGAAACCGUCUGCCACUCCAUCAGCGCCUACGUCACCGCCUGCCAGAGGAAGGGCAUCCGCAUCCGGCAGUGGCGCACCGCCGCCUUCUGCAGCCCCAUCUGCCUCCCGAACCAGCACUACGAGCUCUGCGGCCCAGCCUGCCCGGCCACGUGCUGGGGCCAAGCAGAACCGGAGGAAUGCGAGCAAAACGCCCCUUGCACCGAAGGUUGCUUCUGCGACGACGGCUUCUUGCUGAGCGGCGACCGCUGCGUCCCCCUGGCCCAGUGCGGCUGCUUGCACGAGGGUCGCUACUACAAAAUCGGCGAGGAGUUUUUCGCUUGCCCGCGUUGCAGCGAGCGUUGCGCUUGCAAAGGAGCCGGGGCGGUGGAUUGCAAGCCGGCGGGUUGCGCCGCGGGCGAGAUGUGCAUGGUGCAAGACGGGGUGCAAGGGUGCUACCCCCAGGAAUGCGGGCGCUGCCAGGUGCUGGGAGCGGUUUCCUACAGCACCUUCGACGGGCGCUUGUUGCAUUUCGCCGGCACCUGCACCUACACGCUGGCGGCGGCGGAGGCCGGCAGCCCCGAGGACGCGCUGGUGCCCUUCGCGGUGGAGAUGGAGAAGGAGAAGGGCAAGGAGGGACCCGUCAUCCGCCGGCUGCUGGUCGCCGUGCAGGGAGUCACCAUCGGCCUGGCCCGGGGCGGCCGCCACUACGAGCUCUGCACCCGCACCUGCGACCACACCUGCGCCAGCCUCUCCGCCAGCACCCGCUGCACCACCAAGUGCUUCGAGGGCUGCCAGUGCGACGAGGGCUUCCUCUUCAACGGCAACAAGUGCGUCAGCAUGGACCUCUGCGGCUGCCUGCACCACGGACGCUACUUUGAGGAGGGCACCUACCGGGUGCUGCUGGUGCAGGGGGGCCCCAAGCUCCUCUACGACGGCGACGCCUACGCGCUGCUCACCCUCCCCGCCGCCUACCGCCACCGCACCACCGGCCUCUGCGGUGACUUCAGCGGCGACGCCGGCAAUGACCUCAUCGACCCCGAUGAACUGGGGGCCGCAUCGGGCACCCUCACGGAUACCUGCACCCAUGGGCCCCAACCUCCCGUCUGCCCCUCGGCCAAUCCGGGCCCCUGCGGGGUGCUGUCGGAGGCGACGGGACCCUUCGCCGGGUGUCACGGGGUGGUGGCGCCCCAGGAGCACGUGGCUGCGUGCAUGCUGGAGCAAUGCGUCCGGCCGGACGCCGCGGCCUUGUGUCGCAGCUUGCAGGCUUACGCCGCUGCUUGCCAGGCCGCCGGCGGGCAGUUCCAGGAGUGGCGGACGGCUGCGAAGUGCCGUGAGUUGGGGGAUUGCAGGGGGGGUUGCACGCAGCAGAUCGCCGAGACCGUCCUCUCCCCCGACUGCAGCGAGAGGUGCACGUGCCAGGCGGCGGGCGGCAUGCGGUGCAAUCCGGCCAGCUGCUCCUUCGGCCAAACGUGCGGCCUCAAGAACGGCGUCCGGGGUUGCGUGGAGCAACCGGGCCGUUGCAGCUUAGCUCCCGCCUCUCGUUUCGUCUCCUUCGACGGAGCCACCGCUACCACCACGGUCACCGGCGUCUACGUGCUGACCGCCCUGUGUGACCCUCAGCGUUCCCGCUGGUUCCGGCUCUUGGUUGAUGUUUGGGAGGACCAAGACCGACCGGCCGUGGUGGCCCUUCACCUCUUCAACUCCCAGCCUUUCCUCACCAUCAAGAGGGACAAGAAGGUCUGGGUCAACGGGGUCCCAGCCACCCUCCCUCUGGAGCUCUCCACCACCUUGACCGUCACCGAGAGCCGAGGAACCAUCUGGAUCACCCAAAAACCCGAAUUAAUCAUCGGCCUCAGCCCCACUGGGGAGGUGACGGUGACGGUGACCAAGGACCUGAGCCAACACCUCUGCGGCCUCUGCGGGAACUACGACGGGAACGCGGCCAACGACCUCCGAGGGCCCGAUGGGAAAUUGUUAGGGGACGUGGCGGCGGCGGCCAAGGCCUGGAGAGCACCCGACUUCACCCACGUGAGUGUCCCCGGGAGGUGA